AUAAAAAAAAAUAAGUUUGUAAAUAAAAAAUAACAUUACCUAAUAUUUUAUUUAAUUGAUUUUUUAGAUCAUUCGUAUGAGUGCAAAAGCAGAGUAUAUGCGAAAAUAUAGAAAAGUUGUUAAAGUUGCAAAUAAUUGCUUUGAAUGUGAACCUCCUGUGUUAUCAAAUUCUUCAACUAAUGCAGAAAAUUUAUUCGCUUUAUCUUCUAUUGCAAUUAAUAUAACUGAUAAUUUAUUUAAUAGUGAUACCUAUAGCUACUUUUUUUAUUAAUAUUUUCAUUAAAUAUUUACGAAUAGCAGUGGAAAUGAUGGCCGUACCAAGUUUAGAGACUGUUGCUGAGGUCCAUCUAGAAGUUAUAGCUGGAGCUAUUGGGACCUUGAAUGGAUACAGAAAAUUAGAGGAGCAAUGUGGAGUUCUUGCUAAUCGAACAAUUUUACUUCGCCUUCUUUCACGAAUCGGAGGGUCAUCCAUUAAAGAUACUUCUAAGAAUCUAUUGAAAAGACUUUUUACAAAUUUUGUUAUGUCUCAUUUGAGUAUGGAUGGUAAAGGUUCUCUUAAAAAGCUUCCGUUUAGAGACUCUGCUGUGUGUCAACUUAUUGUUGAGUUUUUCUUUGUCCGAAAUACAUUCGUGCAUUGGUUCUCAUCUUAGAAUGGCUCCGUUUCGUUUAGGUGGCACUGGGAAAGGUGGCGCCCAUUUUUCCAAUUCUCAAGAUGGAGAGGCUGGCUUGAACGAUUCAAGCAAAGAUGAUGCUUAUUGUCAUGGAAGCGAUCAUGAUAAUGAUAAAUACGAUAUUAUAAUAAUUAAAAUUAGUGUAAAUAUGUUUAAGACUUGCAUGUAUGAAAAAAAAUAUCUGUAUGUUUGAUUCGUUUAUGAGUAUUUAGUUACGCGUUCAA